AUGCCUGGUGAAAUUCGGAAUAUCUGCAAAGUCAGCCUUGACAAGCCUGCCAGUGAGCAGCCGCAGCUCCAUAAUAGAUGGCAUCCAGACAUCCCCUUCGCAGGCAAGAUUAAGGAUGGCGAGACUGUUAAGAUCGAAUGUGUCGACUGGACCGGCGGCCAGAUUGGAAACAAUGAUUCCGCAGAUGACAUGAGAAACGUGGAUCUCACAAAAAUCCACUAUCUUUCUGGGCCUUUUGAGAUCGAGGGCGCAAAGCCCGGCGAUGUCCUCCUCGUCGAGAUAAUGGACGUCCAGCCAUUCCAGGACCAGCCAUGGGGCUUCACAGGCGUGUUCGACAAGAGCAACGGCGGUGGCUUCCUGGACGAGAUCUACCCUUCAGCGGCGAAAGCGAUCUGGGACUUCGAGGGCAUCUACGCCACGUCGCGGCACAUCCCGCACGUCAAGUUCGCGGGGCUCAUCCACCCGGGGAUCCUGGGCUGCGCGCCGUCGGCCGAGGUCCUCGACACGUGGAACACGCGCGAGGGGCAGCUCAUCGCCUCCUCCAAGCUCGAGGACCGCAACGUCGCGCUGCCGCCCCUGCCCCAGAGCUGCCACCCGGGCGCCGCCACGGACGCGAGCCUUGCCGAGAAGAUCGGCCGCGAGGGCGCGCGCACCGUGCCUGGCCGGCCGGAGCAUGGUGGAAAUUGUGAUAUUAAGAACCUUUCGCGUGGCAGCAAGGUCUACCUCCCCGUGCACGUCGACGGCGCCAAGUUCAGCGUCGGCGACCUGCACUUCAGCCAGGGCGACGGCGAGAUCAGCUUCUGCGGGGCUAUCGAGAUGGCGGGCAUCAUCACCAUCAACUUCAAGGUGCUCAAGAACGGCCUGGCGGACCUGGGCAUGAAGAGCCCCAUCUACAUCCCCGGCCCCGUGGAGCCGCAGUUCGGCCCCGGCAGGUACAUCUACUUUGAGGGCUUCAGCGUCGACGAGCACGGGAAGCAGCAUUAUAUGGACGUUACUGUUGCUUAUCGCCAGACUACUUUGCGCGUCAUCGAAUAUCUCCGCCGCUUCGGCUAUAGCGAUUAUCAGAUCUACCUCCUGUUGUCUUGCGCACCGGUUCAGGGCCACGUCGCGGGAAUCGUGGACAUCCCGAACGCAUGCACAACUAUUGGUUUGCCAAUCGAUAUUUUCGACUUCGAUAUUUCGCCGACUGGGCCGGCCAAGAAGUUGGACAUGGGUACAUGUGCGUUUGAGACGGGCGUUACGGAGGGCAAGGUCACAGCUGGUGGCAAGAACAGCGAGCAUAGUUAUGGCGGUGGCCUCACUUAUAAGUCGUGA